GUGCUUUUUCUACGCUGUUUUUUUUUUCCUUUAAUUUUUAAUUAGUAUUUGGACGUUCAUUCAUUUGGAAAUUAUUUCCUUUUCCAUUUGAAAAGUAAGGUUGAUUAUACUUCUGCCUGUUUUCCUACUUGUUUAUUGUUUACCUUCCUUCCGCACAUGGUGCUCUGCAACUCUGCUUAAAGUCAUGGAGUGCGGUCAAACUUUGAUGUUACUAAGAGCUACCGAGCAGUUUUAAAACUACAUAUUCCAGUUUUGUUAUUAUAUCCAGGGAAAAUCUUAAAGGGACAUCCCAUUUGCUUUGUUUUGUUAUUUUUUUCCCUGGGGUACCACCCUCCUUUAUUUCCCACGUUGAUCUCAAUUAGGACGUCAUGGGUGUCAACACCAUCCACUGGUUUAGAAAGGGUCUACGUCUCCAUGACAACCCUGCUCUGAGGGCCUCCAUCCAGAGAGCGGACACUUUGCGGUGCAUCUACAUCCUGGACCCCUGGUUCGCUGGUUCCUCCAGUGUGGGCAUCAACAGAUGGAGGUUUUUGCUGCACUGUUUAGAGGAUUUGGAUGCAAGCUUGCGGAAACUCAACUCCCGUUUGUUUGUCAUCAGAGGCCAGCCCACAGAUGUCUUCCCUCGUCUUUUCAAGGAAUGGAAUAUCACACAGUUAUCCUAUGAGUACGAUUCUGAGCCGUUUGGAAAGGACCGUGAUGCUGCCAUCCAGAAACUGGCCAGUGAGGCGGGUGUAGAGGUCAUUGUGCGGAUCUCACACACUCUCUAUAAUCUAGACGAGAUUAUAGAAGUAAAUGGUGGUCAGCCUCCUGUUACAUAUAAGCGCUUCCAGGGUCUAAUUAACCGAAUGGAUGAUGUGGAACAGCCUGCAGAGACUAUCUCAUCGGAAAUGCUGAAAAACUGUAUCACUCUUGUUACUGAUGAUCAUGAUGAUAAGUUUGGAGUUCCAUCCCUGGAGGAGCUUGGUUUUGAGACUGAGGGUCUCAGCACAGCUAUUUGGCCUGGAGGAGAAACAGAAGCCCUCAAGAGGUUAGAACGGCAUCUGGAGAGGAAGGCUUGGGUGGCAAACUUCGAACGUCCAAGAAUGAACUCCAACUCUCUGUUAGCUACCCCUACAGGCCUCAGCCCUUACCUGCGCUUCGGGUGUCUCUCCUGCCGCCACUUUUACUUCAGGCUCACUGACCUUUAUAAAAAGGUAAAGAAAAACAGCAACCCACCUUUGUCCCUCUAUGGACAACUAUUAUGGAGGGAAUUCUUCUACACAACAGCCACCAACAAUCCCUGCUUUGACAAGAUGGAGGGAAACCCUGUGUGUCUUCAAAUCCCCUGGGACCGAAACCCGGAAGCACUGGCCAAGUGGGCAGAGGGACGAACAGGUUAUCCCUGGAUUGACGCUAUAAUGACCCAACUGAGGCAGGAGGGGUGGAUUCAUCAUUUGGCCAGGCAUGCAGUGGCCUGUUUCCUCACAAGGGGAGACCUCUGGAUCAGCUGGGAAGAAGGCAUGAAAGUCUUUGAGGAGCUCUUGCUCGACGCAGACUGGAGUGUAAACGCCGGCAGUUGGAUGUGGCUUUCUUGCAGUUCGUUUUUCCAGCAGUUUUUCCAUUGCUAUUGUCCCGUGGGAUUUGGUAGACGCACAGACCCCGGUGGCGACUACAUACGGCGCUAUUUGCCAGUAUUGAGAGGUUUCCCUGCCAAAUACAUCUACGAUCCUUGGAAUGCCCCCGAGGAAGUGCAGAAGGCAGCCAAGUGCAUCAUAGGGACCAACUACCCCAAACCCAUGGUAAACCAUGGCGAGAGCAGUCGCGUCAACAUAGAGAGGAUGAAGCAGAUUUACCAACAGCUGUCCUGUUACAAAGGACUAGGGCUCCUUGCAACUGUGCCAGCAAAUCCCAACAGCAAUAGCAGCAUUGGAGAUGUCAGUACUGGGUCUGCUCAUUAUCAAAAAGGGUUCUUUGAAAUCCAUCCCUCGCAGGAGGAAACAUCCCAAACAGAAAGGAGACAGUCGACGCUGAAGCGCCACCAUGAAAAGACAGAACCUGAAUGCAGCUUCAAAUCGUGGAAGCAGCGCAAGUAGUUUGGGAAAGGCACAUGCGUUGUGUUCAAUGUCCUCAGGUAGCAAUGAUUAACUUCCACCAAAUAACGAUGGAUAAGAUGGUUAACCUUCUGGUACUGUUCAGUAUUUCUGACUUUGGUUUAUCUUUCAUAUAGAAACAUUUAAACAUGUGAUCACUGAUUAGCUUGUCGAUUUUAACGUGUGUUCCUCACAGGAUAAGACCUGUUACAGCUCUCAGGUACAAUGUGAUAAAACUGUAAUACAUCUGAAACCAAAUCGUACAAAUUAUUAUUAUUUUUUUUUUUUUUUUUAUUUGAAGCAGCCUGUUGUCUUCCAGCAGAGUGUAUCUGCUUACAUUAAAAACUUGGUAAUCAAGCCUCUUUUCUCACUGACAUCCACAAGGGGAGUAAAGCAUUCUGUUAUAUCAUAAAACAACUGUUUGACCUCAACAAUGAACAAUAUAGAGUUCUCAUUUAGGACAAGUUGGUUCUUCUUUUCUUGAAGGUCGGAUGAACAGUGAAACAUUAGAAGCCAUUUAAUAUUGUUUUAUGAAUAUUUGGAACUUAUUUUCUGUUUUUGUACAUUCUGUUAUUUCGUUUCAUUAAUAUUAGUCUAUGAGUAAUGUUACCAAAGUGUUGAAGUUCUAAUAUAAUAUGUUAUUGUAUCACCUCAGUGAUUUUAAAUGUGUUUUGUAUAAUUAAUGACCUUGUUUUAAAU